CCACGGCGCUACGGCAGCACGCAUCAUCGGUGGACCUUACAGAUUCAAUGAGUCACUUUAUCGGUGUGUGAUUUUCGAGUGCGUAUCUCUGUGACCGACGACCUGUUGAUGACACUUCAUGCGUGCAUGCCGUCGCUGACCACUGUGUGCUCAGUUGACACGCUUCAACUGCACCCCAAUAUCGCACCUCAAUUCAUACAAACAGUUUCCACAAACAACAAACACAACCCUAGCUAAAAACUACCUACAACUAGAAUAUCCCCAAGUAAUCUCAAUCUCACAUCUUACCAACGACACAACUAGUGAUUAAUAUUCUGAUACCCAACAAACCUACCCCAUAUUUCCACUCAAUUCUUCAGUGAUAUCAAGUUCAAUUAAAUCCCAACAUCAAGCUCAAUUUUCACAAUUUUCAACCAACUCCCUUUGAUCCUCUAUAGUACUCUAUAGUACACCAUGUUGUACUAAAUCUCAUUCAACUAUGCAGUGUUCUUCUCUCCUACCGUAUUAUCACCUCUCAUAGACAGUUUUUAGGAAAAUAACGUGUAUAAACUUUGUUUCAGUUGUGUGUCGUGUAAUUUGAUUUGAUUUUGGUAAAAAUUUGUGUUAUGUUGUGAAUCGUCGAACAAUGUUAUUUCGGUGACAAUCGUUGUUAAUUCUAAGACUGAACGGAUAUUUUGUUGUGAUUGUUGGCGAGUUUCUAAGUGCAGCGGUAGAGUGCCGCGCUCUUGUGCAAGAGGUGGCGUGAGUGGCUAUGAUCAGCAUGGAGUUGACGCCGAUGCAUCAGCACGGCACUCUGGCAAUGCCCCCCCACCACAUCCAACAAAUACAAAUUCCACAGCAUCAGCAGGCGCUCAUGCAUCACGCUCUGCUACAGGACGAACCCAAGAAGAAGCAGGAUGGAGGACAUGGAAUCAGUCAAGAAGGGAGGAGUGGAGUCCAAAUUCAAGCGACCUACUAUGAUACAAUUAUGGACGAUUCUCAAUCACUUCAAGAUGAUGGCCAUGGCGGUGUGAACCAGCUGGGCGGAGUGUUUGUGAAUGGCCGACCUCUGCCCGAUGUGGUCCGUCAACGGAUCGUCGAGUUGGCGCACAACGGAGUCAGACCGUGCGACAUCUCGCGCCAGCUCAGGGUAUCACAUGGCUGCGUCUCCAAAAUACUAUCAAGGUAUUAUGAGACAGGGAGCUUCAAAGCCGGAGUGAUAGGUGGAAGUAAACCGAAAGUAGCGACUGCUCCUGUAGUGGAAGCGAUAGCCAACUACAAACGAGAGAACCCCACCAUGUUCGCCUGGGAAAUCAGAGACAGGCUACUUGCCGAAGGCAUCUGCUCGCAAGACAACGUACCUUCUGUUUCGUCCAUCAAUAGGAUCGUCCGCAACAAAGCGGCAGAGAAGGCGAAACACGUGCACCAUCAGCACCAACAGCAGCAGUCGUCGGGAGGCGGUGGAAGCGGAGGCGGCGGAGGCAGCUCGAGUGGCGGAGGUGGCAAUCCGCCGGCUGCUGCCCCUCCGGCCGUGUCGGUGAUCACACAGGCACCGCCUUCGUCGCAGCAUGACCGCUACUCCAUCAACGGCAUCCUCGGCAUCCCCCACCAUCACCACCCCACCGCCGACCCGAACGGAAACAGCAUCAAGCGCAAGAGGGACCUCGACCUACACCACCAUUCCGAUGAGAACCGAGACUUGAAUGGCCACCCUGAAGAUGACAUCAAGAGACAAAGAACGCAGUACAACGGUGACCAACUCUACCAGAAUCUAUGGUCGGGCAAAUGGACGAUAAAGGACGAGCACAAGCUACUGUCGGAGCUGGGAGGCGGAGGUGGUGGGGCAGGGGGUGGUGGUGGCGGGGGCGGUGGAGCCGGGGGCGGCAGUAACGGUGCGUCACCCUACUACGAUGCGGCCGCCUUCAGCUCGGCCGUCGCUCCGACCACCACCGCAGACAUAUACGACAGCAUCAGCACCAUGACGCAAGCUCACGCUCAGGCUCACCUCUACAACAACACACCACUAGUGAGUGGAGUGACUACGCUGGCGCCUAUCAGUAUGCAAGAAAUGCACAAAAUGGGUCCAACCACAGUCCUCGAUCCAUCAGCAAUGUCUCCGGUCCCUUACCAUACAACAGAGAGCGGCUCUUACACGACUGCUGGAGGCAGUGAGGGCGGGGGCGGUGGCGGAGGGGGUGGCUCGGGGUCCCCCAGCCUCCCUAUGAGCCUCCCCGCCGACCCCACCCCGGCCCCUAGUCCCCCUCCCGACCCCUCCUCAUUAACCGUUCUUCAGCCGCCCUUCCAGCCUGCCUUCUAUGCUACAGGUGCCGGAGCAGUGUCGGAAUACGCUUACAGCUCACCGUACUCGCAAUACACGACGGCCUCGGCGUACGGCGGAUACAACUACGCCUCAGGCGCUAGCGGGUUGCUCAGUAAGUAAAUAAUUCAUGUUACUACUACAGCAACGGAAGUCCGAACAACGUAGCACCGACGUCGGAGCAUCAGAGCAUCGGGCCAGUUUUUUCGCGCGAUAUCGGCGUCUCGGAAACCAGCGUCGAAGCGCGCUCUCCGUUAGCUGCCACACGCGCCAACUCAGGCGCGAGCGCCGCAUCACCAAUAGGCACAGCGUCCUGCAUGAAAACAGAGCCGCCGAUACUUGGAUUAUGAAAAUUAGCCCACUACAACAAGUGAUCAAAUAUGUGUUGUUGAAUCCCAUACAUACAGAACGGUCUUUACUUUGUUCAAAACUCACCUAUAUUCAACAAAAAACUUGGAACUUUAUUCAAUUAUCUGGAGUACCUAGUUCAGGGAAGUUAAAGGCUAAAUGUUUUUGAGAAACUUAUAUAUUUCAAGGCUGAAGGCUUACUCACUUGAGAAAGGUUAAUGGCUAGCUACUGUUAAAAAACUGAAAAAAUAGCCUACAAGGCUACUUAUUGCUGAGAAGUUUUCCAUUAUAAUUUUGAAAUUGUGGUUGAGUGGGGAAAACAGCUAACAACUUUGAUAAAAAAAAUGAUUGUAACUGAAUCAAACCAUCACAAGCAAUGUCCAUCUCAUUGGUAUUUUAUUGUCAGAACAGUAGGUACAGUGAAAAUGUGAUAAUAAAUUGUGCGAAAAAUGUUAUACUUCUGCUAUAACUUACUCAUCAAGAAUCGAGAACCAGUACGUUACGCUUGAGAAGGUCUAUCUAUGUAUCACCAUCACAACACUAUUCAUGUUUGCUAAAAGUGAACGAGCAAGGAAUGGUUUAAUUAGCAUGAGAGGCUUACUGGUGACAUAUUUUCCUCUCUACGAACACUUAUAUUAAUAAGAGGCUAUCGGGACUCAGUUACUGGAAUAAUUAUAUUAUUCCACAUUCUAAUCCUUAGCCUAUACAACCUUUCAUUCCAAACAGUGUACACGUAUUUGAUCCAACCAUCUUCUUCAUGAAGGCCUCAACAUAACUGAUUUGACUAACUAUAGGCUGAUGCAUUAGCAUAUAAGUAUAAUUUGUUUUGAUACCAGAUUUUUGUUGCUGGAUUCUAUUCAUGGUAUAUUCACCAUUCAUGGUGAUAUUUGCUUAAGCAAACCAAUAAUCUAUAGCAAAAUCUGAUUAUGGACAAAAGAAAAAUCAAAUCGUAUAGAAUAAAAAAACAUAAUUCCUAUUCCUUCCUGGGCUACUGCUCAUCAGCUAUCAGAAGACAAUUUCUCUAUUAAUUCAUAUAAAGCAGUAAAGACCUAACUCAAGGGCUUGGUAAUUGAAUGUUUAACCACUUUAUUUGAGUUGUAAAAUUCUAAUAAAAAUUUUAAAUAUUUCAUCCAUACCGUGACAUUUGAAACAAAACUCGAUACAGUAGAGUUUGAAAUAAAUUAGAUUUAAGUCAAGUCAUUCUUAGUUGAGUACAAAAAACUCUUAAUAAAUUAUUGAUUCCGUAUCCUUUGUUAGAGGCAUGAUAAUGAUUGAUCGAUGGAUUAUAAAUUCACUCAACUAUAUUUUCUCCAAUAUGAUAAAAUAUGUUAGUCAAAAUGUAAUAACUCAACACUCUCCAAUAAUUUACUGCAUUAUGAGCCUUAGAUUUUCAAUUAUUGAUAAUGAUUGAUAUAAUACCAAUAUUCUCAAUUAUUCUUAGUUUGAAAGAACAUAGAGUAAUUUCAUUCCACAUCCAUAUUGACUGCGUUGUCGUUUCAAAAAAGUGAGAAUUUUGAAUUUUAAGAGGUGAACAUAUCAAAUUUCACAACUCAAAAGCUUUGCUUUUUGGAAGAAUUGUUAUAAAAUAAUUAUUGUAUUCAAUAUGGAUUUAUUAUAACACUUCAAAUAAAGAUACGUCAAUAAGUCUUGAAGAAAGACUUAGAACUAGCCAGUUCUCUCCAGAACGUGCAUGGCAGAUCUCCUUUUAUUUCUGAAUGAUAUUAUAAUACAGCAAAUUUCAAACCAAAGAAGAAAAAUGUACAGAGUACUAGUGAUAAAUUCUCAUUUCAAUAUGAAUUUAUAAUAAUUAUAUUGAAGAAUGUCUAAAGGUGAUAAUGAUAAUGUAAUUGAUAUUGUUGUAACUUGGUGAUAUUGUCAAAAACCAGGAACCAUCUGAAAAAUUAUCUGGAUAAAAUAUAUCUGUCCAAUCUUUUGAAAUUUGAAAAAUUCUGGAGGAUGGAGAUUUCAUCCAAUGAGAAAUAUUCUGGUUCCUUCUUAUGCGAUUUAAUGAAUUCAAUUUCGUUCAUGAAACGUAGAAGAAUACAGUUUUCUCAGUGGAAAUAAUGAGCUUCAAUCUGUCAAGAUCUCAUGGAUUUGGCAGUUUCAAACAGCACUUCCAACUGCACCUACCAAGUUAACAUUUCAAUAUUGAUGAGUAAACAUGUGAAUGAUCGACUGCUUUGUAAAUAUUAAUAAUAAUUUGUAAAAUAAGUGUUGGAAUAGCCAAGUUUAUUGGUAUUGAUGUAAUAAUUUGAGAAAAUGCUCUCUUAUUGAUAAGAUAUCAUUAUAAGAUUAAUAACAUGACAAAUGUGAUUUGAUCUGAGAAGAUCACUAGAUUAAUGAAGUAUGCAAAAUUUAUUGUAUAUAAGUUAGUUGAUAACUUGAUAUUGAAACUAUGUUUGAACCCAUUUGAGAACAAACAAAUCAUUCACUUAUGGGAAAUCAAUAAUUUUUAAUCAUAGGAGUAAAAAUUUUGUAUUUAUUUUAUUUAUUCUGAUAGAGCUACCAAAGAACAUUUGUUGAUAUAUACUAGAAACCUAAUUUCAAUUGUUGAGAUGUAUGAUUGUUUCUUUGAUGAUAUUUUUCAUCCAUCUAAGUUGAACCAUAGUGUCAAAACCACAUCUUGCACACCAUUUUACACUUUGUUUUUCUAUAAUAGGAAAUUAAAAAUGGAAAUCAAGCAAUUUGUACAGUGUUAAUUGUUAAGCAUAAAUUCACGGCACUUCAUGCACAUAUUUUUAAAUUUAGUUAAGUUGUAAAGUUGUACUGUUCAAUACAGCAGUUAUUUUUUAUUGCAACUCAAUUUUUUAAGACUGGUCUCUUUUGUAUCUAAAAAACUGAAUCGAAAUUUAUGAAUUGAUUGGAAUGAUGUAGGACUUCAGAACAGUUCAAAGUAUAGUAUUACAAUCACAGACGAUUGUUAUUCUCAGACAAUGAUAAUUAUUCCAGAAUGAUAGAUAUCUCUCAGAGAAUGUACGGUACGUUAAAAAGCCUAACGUCAAAAUCUUUUAUGAGUUUUCUAUUUCUUCCAAAUAUUUCAGCAAACUUUCAAUGCUCAACGCUUUUUGGACCUUCUCUCAUCUAUGAAUAAAUUUUUCAAAGUUCAGAUCAGCAAAUUCCAUACAAAUAAGUACAAUCAAAAUUUUCGUAUUGGAUUAUAUAGAUAUGCAACUGAACAUAAAUCUUGAAAAUACAAUUUAUAACGUGCAAUGUAGAAAUAUGCAAGAGAUUCCUAGAUCUUGUGAAACUCAAUAAUAAAAAUACAGUUUUAUUCUUCCUAGUCCUUAAACAGUUACAGCGGAAAUCCAGUCUGACAAAAGCUUUUCACAGAAGACUUCUCAAGUUACUGGUUUCAAUAGAAAUAGGUGAUCAAAUUAUUCAAACUGUUUGUGUCAAUAUAAGUUAGUUGUUCACUAUCGACCAUCCAACAAACCUUGUUCUUCUUUUGAAGUUGAAUAAAGAAAAUUACCAAAGAUAUAAAUAAAUAUUUAGAUUAUCGAAUAAUGAUUUUGACUUUUGUGAUCUAGACGUUUUAUAAUACCGAAAAUGUACAUUGUAGGGAAUCAGAAAGAAAAUGAGUACUAUAUACUAUUAAUACUGAGAAGAGUAUGUAAUAUUGUAUUGAUUUAAAUGUAGACAACUAAAAGAAUAUUGAAAUAAAAACGAUUCUUUGUUUUGAA